AUGACGACGGUCGCGGAGAUCGUCGACGACGACGCGCGGCGCGCGGGAAAGGGCGCGACGACGCGACGACGACGCGCGACGACGCGCGUCGCGCGCGAUGACGCGCGCGAGGCGACGUACACGGCGGCGGAGGUGGCGAGGCACGCGCGCGCGGACGACUGCUGGGUGAUCGUGCGAGGCGGCGUGUACGACGUGACGAGGUUCGUGCCGAGACACCCGGGAGGGAACAUGAUAUACGUCAAGGCGGGGGGCGAGUGCACGGCGCUGUUCGACUCGUAUCAUCCCGAGCGCGCGAGGGCGACGCUGGAGAAGUAUAGGAUCGGCGCGCUGCGGAGGGACGCGGGGGAACGCGAGGACGAGGACGUGGUGGAGUACUUGAAGGACGAUCUGAGGGAGGGAGAGUUUUACGCGGAUUGUAAGGCGGGGGCGGCGAAGUAUUUUAAGGAUAAUAAGCUCGAUCCGCGCGUGCACUGGGAGAUGUACGCGAAGACGUUGGUGAUUUUGACGGGCGUCGUCGUCGGACACUACGGGUCGUUUUUCGCGCCGUCGGCGUCCUUCGCCGCGGCGUUGGCGCUCGCGGUGCUGCACGGCACGUGCAAGGCGGAAGUAGGAGUGUCGAUCCAGCACGACGCCAAUCACGGGGCGUACGGAAACAAUCGCACUUGGUUGCACGCGAUGCAGUUGACCUUGGACGCCGUCGGCGCGUCGAGCUUCAUGUGGAAGCAGCAGCACGUCGCCGGACAUCACGCGUACACCAACGUCGAAGGCAUCGAUCCCGACAUUCGAUGCUCGGAAAAGGACGUGCGACGGGUGAACGAGCAUCAGCCUCACGAGCCGUACCACAGAGUUCAACACGUCUACUUGGCGUUGAUGUACGGCUUGUUGUCGUUCAAAUCGUGCUUCGUGGACGACUUCAACGCCUUCUUCUCCGGCCGAAUCGGUUGGGUGAAGGUGAUGAAGUUUACUCGCGGUGAAGCCGUGGCGUUUUGGGGAAGCAAGCUCGCGUGGGCGUUUUACUACCUCUACUUGCCCGCCAAGUACUCCCAUCGCUCGAUCGGUCAGCUCUUGGCGCUCUGGACCGUCACCGAGUUCGUCACCGGUUGGUUGCUGGCGUUCAUGUUCCAAGUCGCCCACGUCGUCGGCGACGUCCACUUCUUCCGCCUCAACGAAAAGAACCAGCUCAACAAGGGCUGGGGCGAGGCGCAACUCAUGACUUCGGCUGAUUUCGCGCACGGCAGCAAGUUUUGGACCCACUUCUCCGGCGGCUUAAACUAUCAAGUCGUCCACCACCUCUUCCCGGGCGUGUGUCACGUGCACUACCCCGCGCUCGCGCCGAUCAUCAAGGCUGCCGCGGAUAAGCACGGAUUACACUAUCAAAUCUACCCCACGUUUUGGUCCGCGCUGCGCGCGCACUUCUCCCACCUCGCCCGCGUCGGCCACGAGGCGUACGUGCCUUCCCUCCGAACCGUCGGGUGA